UCUAUUUGAUAUAUACGUAGAGUUAGAUAACACAAAAAGAUCGAUCUUUCAGACAUGGCUAAGAAUUUGGGAAGUGCUAUUUUUAAAAAUGUUCUCAAUUCUUUAAAAGUAGUAUGGUAUGCUCUUCUUGGUACAACGGCAGACCUAAAUCUUUAAUUAAUUUGUGUAUGACGACGUUGCCUCGGGUCAUGUGGACACGAAAAUGCUUGGAACGUACAGUCUUAAAUGUAAAUCUGACCUCGUUUACACAAUUCUAAAUAUAAACAGCCUAAACGUUUGCGGUCUCUAAUUGUCAAUGUAACGUUAAAAGGGGCAAUCCAAGAGUAACGGGAAAAACUUUAAUCUACCAGCAAAAAAUAGCUGCACUUGUAAUCACACUAUUCGUGUUAAGUGAAAAAAAAAAAAUCAUUUCAUGAUCUUCCAUGUAUAUUUUACAUACAUUUUAAAUUUUUCUCUAUCUCUACUUAUACCAGUCGUAUAAUUAACAAGCUCUGAAUAAUGUGGUAAGGGCUCAUUAAAGGCUUAAACCAGAUCAUUAUCUAGAUCAUUUUUAUGAGCCGUUGACAUCUUAGCCAUCUAAUUACCCCUCUCUCUUCUCACGUUUAAAAACAGACAGCAAAAUCACCCCAAACAAAACUGACUCCACGAUUUUCAUGGCGAUCAAAUCAUAUAUAUUAGUAGACAGACUGCACGCGAACAGAAGGUGGCAGUCAUAAUACAAAUUCCACAUCCCUCGUCAAGUCUUGGGUAAAUACUCCAAGUAGGUACUUAACCUACGUCCAAUGUUGUGAUUAUAAUCCCACAUCAGAAGUAUAUUUACGUGCAAACGUUCAUUAAUCCGUCGAUAAAGUUUCUUAUCUGUUCURGUAUCAAUAACGACCAGCCCAGAAAAACGCAACUUUCCAGGCAAUCCAUUUGGAAGCAAUCUUACCAUAUUCCGUAUCCUGAAGCUACAGCAAUUGAAAGAACUGGUAGAGAUGAGAAGACGAAGAACAGCUCAGAACCAAGGUUCAAAUGUAAAACCUCUUCGUGUUGUGUUGCUUGGUAAAGACGGUGUUGGAAAAUCUGCGUUAACAGUUCGUUUCAUGACGCGGCGGUUCAUAGGGGAAUACGACCAAACGCUUGAAUCUACUUACCGUCACAUGCUGCAAAUUGAAAACGAAGACAUUACGAUAGAUAUCAUGGACACGGCUGGAGAGAACACCGAUGUCAAGAUCAGACGUUCCACAAGACGAGGCGACCUGUUCAUYAUUCUGUACUCAAUCGUCGAUCGCUCGAGUUUCGACGAGGCGCAAAGCAUCGCACGCUAUAUCAAAGAUCACAGAAGCAAUGUCGAAUCGAUGUCGAUAGUAAUUGUUGCAACUAAAAAGGACUUGGAUCACUUACGACGUGUCGACAUCGAGGAAGGUAUCGCAUUAUCAAACGAAGUCGAAUGUACUUUCUACGAGGUAUCGAUAUCGGAAGGUUAUAACGAAGUUCACGAUUUGUUGAAGGAAUUACUUAAGCGCGUGCUUAUGCACCGAACUAUCGACAAGAGAGACACACUUAAAAUCCCGACCCUUGGUUUAAGACGGUCGCCGUCAAUGGAAAAAAGGAAGAGAGCACAAUCAUUCCCAGAUAAAACUGAUGCGGUUAUGAGAGACAUGAGAAACAGCCCUGAAACGCAACGAAAAGAUUAUGUCGAAUGUCAGUUGAAGCCGUCGAAGUCGAUCCGCGACUUGAACGAAGAAAAUGGCUCGAAACACAAAUUUAUGACAAGAUCAAGUCCGAUCACACAAAGAAAGAAAAAUCCUUUUUUCGUCGAAAAAGGAAAGGGCGUGGCAGCUGAGAAAUUGGACGAAGAAAAUAAAAAUAAUAGCCAAAAGAUGUUYACUCUGCAAMGAGUUAAGUCCGGGAAUCCCGCGGGACAUCGGGACCAGGCGUGUGGGAUUGAAUCACCCGAUGCUAACAAUAACGAAGACAAGAAACAAGCAACAGAAAGAAAUACGGAAAAACCCAAAGGACCUUUCUCGCUUAACAAAGCGCAUGACAGGCCUACGACGUCAUUCGGAAGAAUGCGAUUUGGUUUAGAAAGGACAUUCGGCCGUAAGAAAUAUGUUUAUAACCUGUAACUCAUUCGUGGACAGCGSCGASGGUGUGUCUCGCGCAGGCGCAACAGACAGGCCUGCGAAGUGGUUAGGAAAGUUGGAAUCAGAAAUGCUUUUUCCCCGCUCAAAAGCGUUUGUAGACUGUAAGUCUAUGUGUACUCAAGUACCAACCUCAUUUGGCCAUCGUUUUAUGCGAUCUGGUCAAACCACAGUAAACCCACUAAAUUUACGCAAAAUCAUACAAGUUUAUACUCAUAUAUAUAUUUUAUAUAUUUUAUAAGCCACUGAAAACACMGAAAGGCAAAUAUUUUAUGCAAAGCAUAUAUAUAAUGAUAUCAGAGUUGUGGUAAAAUAAGAUCCAGGUCGUAAAACUGGGAAGAACCUAGUAUGGCUGCUCAUCAAACCCUCCCAUUCAUAAAGGCCCGUUUACACUUGGGGUUUUUGAAGUCAAUUUGAUCAUUGCGAAUAAUGUUAUAAACUCUCACUCGUCUCUUCACAAGGAUAAGACAAAAUAUAUAUUUUUCAAAAUCUCCUAAAAACUCGCAGCAAAAAUCGCCAAAGUGAACCAGCCUUGAGAUAGAGUUAAUACUCUAAGAGUUCUAAUAAUAUUUUAUUGUAUUUAUGCAUAUUAAUAAAAAUACCAUUCUCGUG